AUGUGUAUUCCCAUGACUUUUCGAGACAUGAAAAUUGGCAGCAUCGCCGAGUCUGGCAACUUCAACCAAGCGCCAUCAUGCGGCAACGAUGAGCUCGUUUGUUCUCAUCAAACACUCACCAAGCAGGCAUCCACAAAGUCUUUCAGUUCCACCAUUGUCCAGCUGCGUGAGACUACUCCAUGGCAGAACAGGUACGAGAAUAGUACUGGGGUAUUUUGGGCGACAGGGAGCAGCUGCACCAUGACCAUGGACCAGGAUCCGCUCCGUGCCCUUGCGACUAAGCGUUGCUGUGCUCUCCCAAGCUCCGAUGCUCAGAAGCAGAUUUCAACGAUAGCUUCAACUUCCGGAUUACCCCCCCUUCCGCAAACCCCGAACAAACUUCCCAAACGUCCACGCCGAGCCGAACUCCCGAGCCUAGACGUCCAACAUCACGAUUCCUCGAUCAAACCGCUUGCGAAGGAGAAGCUCGGCCAAUUGGGGCAUACGAAAGGGGCCGUUACUCAGCACGAGAAUCAUCCCUGGCUGCGACGACUAAGCUUGACGACCCGGUCUAAGCCGAACUGGGUUCCAAUUAGUUGCUCUCGCCUCGAGAACAUCAGCAGCCUGGAAACUGUUGCUUCUAUCCUCUUUCAGCUCUUUCUCCCUUCAACCCAACAUCGACUACCCAAAGAUCAACACUCAAAAUCCCACCAUAAACAGCAAAUCGCCAUCAUGACGCUCUCGCGCCUCCUGCUCCGAGGCAAUCCCAGCCAGGCGCUUCGAGCCGUGGCCGUGCCUGGCCUUGCGCUCAGCUUCUCCCACCAAGCUCGCUACUACUCAGCGGACGCCGGCAAGAAGGACGAGAAUGUGGCAAGUGAGAGCAAGCAGGAGGAUAGCCCUCCUCCUUACACUCACCGUGGCUCCGCGAUCAACUUCAACUGGGGUCGGGAGAAGAAGGAGAGGACAGGUCCGACUCUGUCGGCGGACAACUGGGAGGAGCAUCCCGAUGCCAAGAUUGAGGAUUUCGAGGAGCUCCCCUACAAGGAGUUUGGCAUCAACCAGCAUAUGGAGGUCAAUGCCGAGUUCAAAAAGGUCCUGACCGAGGUUGUCCGGGAAUUCCGCGCUCCCGUCAUGUACGCCAUGGCGUACGGCUCAGGUGUCUUCCCGCAGUCCAAGAUCAGCCGUUCUGUGUCGGACGAAGAAUUUCGCGCUGUUCACCCGAAACCGUCUCCCUCGUUGAUGGAAGUGCAAAAAGGAGGCCCCAAGAUGAUUGACUUCAUUUUUGGUGUCACCCACACCCAGCACUGGCAUUCGCUCAACAUCAGACAGCACCGUGACCACUACUCUGGCCUAGCCAGCUUCGGUUCGGGCCUCGUCUCUACCACCCAGGAUCGCUGGGGCGCAGGUGUCUACUUCAAUCCCUACGUCACCAAGAAGGGUAUGCUCAUCAAGUACGGCGUCACGUCCAUCGAUAACCUCUGUACCGACCUCUCGACCUGGAACAAUCUGUACCUCGCGGGAAGACUUCACAAGCCGGUUAAGAUCCUGCGUGAUCACCCCCGAGUUCGCCUCGCGAAUCAGGUCAAUCUGAUCUCGGCGGUCCGCACGGCUCUUCUACUUCUGCCUCCCAAGUUCACCGAGAAGGAGCUCUUCUCUACCAUUGCCGGCAUUUCCUACCUCGGUGAUCCGCGCAUGUCUCUCCCCACCGAGAACAAGAGCAAGAUCUCCAACAUUGUGGACAACAACAUGGUCUCCUUCCGCAAGCUAUACGGCCCGCUGCUCAAUACUCUCCCCAACGUUGACUUCGCCGACGGAGCCGACCAGCAGAGCAAGCAUGUCGCCGACGCCGAGUACGACGGCGCCAUGUACCAGGACAUGGACCCUAUAAAGCGUGGCAACAUGGUCCGUCGCCUGCCCAAGGCCUUCCGCUCACGCCUCUACUUCCAGUACCAGAAGAAGUUCAUGGUCCCAACUGCUGACUUCAAGGCCAUGAUGGAUGCCUCCAAGGACGAGGACGCCGUGAGCUUCAAGCGUCGCGAGGGAGGCGGCUUCGAGCAGCGUAUCGUCCAAGAUAAGCCCGAGGAGCUGCAAAAGUCCAUUCGCAAGGUUAUUCGUCAGACUGUAAACUGGCCCGCAACCGCCCAGUCAAUCAAGGGCUUCUUCACGGCGGGCGUCGGCCGUUCCGUUCGGUACAUGUCUGAGAAGAUGACGAAGUACAACGAGGGCAAGGCGAAAGCCAAGGCCAAGGCUGAUGAAGAGAAGAAGCAGCCCACUGAGGAAGCAGAGAAGCCCAAGAAGGAAGAGUGA